UAUUCCUUACGGUAAGUGCUUGCGGCUUGUGUUGGUUUUGCGAUUGUCACAACUGUAGCACGCGAGCGGCGCACAACAUCAAGGUAGCAAGCAACAGCCUGUCUGCGAGAAAAGUCCCUCUGACAGCUCAUUGAAGUGCCUGCUUUCCUCCACUGCCAUGGCUUCUACACCUCCACCUCUCAUGAAGAAGCACAGUCAGACUGAUCUUGUGAGUCGCCUCAAGUCCCGCAAGGUCCUGGGUGUCGGCGGGGAGGAUGAUGACGGAGAGGUGCACAGGUCAAAGAUCAGUCAGAUGUUGGGUAAUGAGAUGAAGUUUGCUGUGCGUGAGCCCAUUGGUCUCCGGCUCUGGCUCCUCGUCUCUGCAGUGCUGUUCACAUCCACAUCCUUAAUGGCCUUGGCUUUUCCCAGCCAGCUCUACGAGAUAAUAUUUGAGAUCACCACCUCGAGGAUCUCCAUCAGACUCUACGGAGGAGCCCUUCUAUUGACAUCCAUCACCCUCUUGGAGAUGGGCACACUGUCCAACGGUGCAAUCGUUCUUCUUCUUAGUGAAACCUUCUUCCUCUUCGUCACGUUGAGUUACUAUCACCACCUUGGCCGGCGCUCCAAAAAGGUCUGA